CUCCUUUUUAUGUCCUACGUGGACUUCCGUACAUCCACCGGUUAAAUCACGUGACCAAACAAACCUCGAGACCAACCUGCCUCCAACUCUUAACAAACAACGUUAGGUUUUACGGGCCAUCACGAUGAGGCUGGUCAUUCUGGACGACUAUGACCUGGCCAGCGAGUGGGCAGCAAAAUACAUCCGCAACCGAAUCAUCCAGUUCAAGCCCACCGCGGAGAGGUGCUUCACUCUGGGCUUACCGACAGGGAGCACUCCGUACUCCUGCUACCAGAAGUUAAUAGAAUACUAUAGAAGUGGAGACCUCUCAUUCAAAUAUGUGAAGACCUUCAACAUGGAUGAAUAUGUAGGUCUUCCUCGUGCUCAUCCCGAGAGCUACCACUCCUACAUGUGGAACAACUUCUUCAAGCACAUCGACAUCGAUCCGGCCAACACUCACAUCCUGGAUGGAAACGCUGAGGACCUGGAGGCCGAGUGUCAGGCCUUCGAGGACAAGAUCGCAGCGGCUGGGGGAAUCGAGAUGUUCGUAGGAGGAAUUGGCCCUGAUGGUCACAUAGCGUUCAACGAGCCCGGCUCCAGCCUUGUUUCUAGGACCCGAGUGAAAACCCUGGCAAAAGACACAAUCGUGGCCAACGCUCGUUUCUUUGGCAACGACCUCUCCAGGGUUCCCAGCAUGGCCCUCACCGUGGGAGUCGGAACCGUCAUGAACGCUAAGGAGGUGAUGAUUCUGAUAACAGGAGCGCACAAAGCCUUUGCUCUUUAUAAGGCCAUAGAGGAGGGAGUGAACCACAUGUGGACUGUAUCGGCGUUCCAGCAGCACCCGCGCACGAUCUUCGUCUGUGAUGAGGACGCCACCCUUGAACUACGAGUCAAAACAGUCAAAUACUUCAAAGGUUUAAUGCAUGUUCAUAACAGACUGGUGGACCCAGAGCUCAGCAUAAAGGACCAGUGAAGAUGAUGGGCUGCCUUAUGGUACUGUACCUGGCCAGGUGUUUGAGGGACCCUCCUGGCCUGUGAAUUUAGUUUAUGGAUAAUGAACGAGAGUCAAAUGAUAAAAGGACCUAUUCUCUCUGAUGUUCUUUGUGUAUCAGUUUCCAUUGAAAGGGCUCGCACUCUUUCCCUUGAUCUAGUGACUGCUGUUGGCAUCAUGACAGUUAACCUUCCUUCUAUUCAGUGUCACAAUGUCUCUGUGAAGGAAACAGGACAGUAUAUAUCUGUACUAUGUUUUCCAUGUGCCUGUUACUGAUUGUACGGACGUGUUAGAUAGUAUUACUAUGUGUGUUAAUAUCUAUUCAGUACACACAAUUGAAGUGACCUUUGACUCUAGUCAAAUGUCAAAGCGGUUGCUUUUGCAUAGUUUUGCAUAGACACACGAGUCAGAGUCCAGCACCAAUCAGGACUGUCACUAGACAAUCCCAACUCCCACUCCACCUGGGCGCUUCACCACAGCCUUUAACUGCAUCCGGGGGUCUUCACCGUUUGUGUGUGAAACUUUAUAUAUAAUUAUAUAUGAACUGUUUUUCCCAAAUGGCAUUUAAUGAUGUGCUAUCAGCUCCACUGUUGCAGUGUGACUGGUAACAAGUAAUAUAACACCCCUGCACACCUGCAUAUUUAACUAGUGUUUAGCACGAGACCAAGUACAAUGUAAUGACAUUUCAUUUUGCUGUAGCAUCUGGUUUCCUGAUGCAUCUAUUCAAAGACUCAAUGUGUAGCCAGUAUCCUCCUGCAGCCUUUCCUUUCCUUCAAGAGUGAUUGUGGGAUUUAAUUUCCAUCUUUAGAAUGACAACAUUUGCUUGUUUUCAACCUUCUUCAUGUUAAAGUUAUGACGUCUGGUUGGUGUUUGUGCACACUUUGUUAGUUCUUUACUCUUAUUUUCUAACAACAAUAAAAUGUUUGCUAACAAA